CCCAGCAGUGCCAGCUGUCAGUGUCCAUCAGUGCCUUGUGUCAGUGCUCAUCAGUGCCACAUCAAUGCCACAUAUCAGUGCCCUACCAGUGCACAUCAAUGCCACAUAUCAGUGCCCAUCUGAGCUGCCUUUCAGUGUCACCCAUCAGUGCCACCAAUCAGUGCCACCUAUCAGUGCCAGUCAGUGUCACAUAUCAGUGCCAGUCAGUGCCGCCUAUCAGUGCGCAUCAGUGCCACCUAUCAGUGCCAGUCAG